GAGCCCUUGUCGCGCUGCCGGUGUGUGUGUGUGUGUGUGCGUGUGUGUGUGUGGCCGGACUCCGGCGGGGUGCUGAGGCCAGCCAGCCCGCAGACAGGGAUCGCAGCCCGGGAGCCUGGAUGCUGAGUCCGGCCGCCGGCGGCCUGCGGAGGAAUACGCGCUGACCGGGGCUGGCUGGCAUCAUGACCCAUGGCCGCACUUUGUCUGUCAGCGCGGGCCCCGAUGCAAGAGGACGUUGAAUGCCUCUGAAAUCUCAAGGCUGUGAGCCCGGUGCAGGGUGAGGAUGAGCAUGCAGGGCAGCAGCAGCGGGAAGGGGAGUGGCCAGCACGCUGACACUCCCCCCCUCCGUCACACCCCCGGACCCAAGCUGCAGGUGCAGCGUUCCCAGUCCCGAGACACCAUCACCAUACACUUCUCCGCUCUUGGGAAGGAGGAAGAAGAUGAAGACGAGGAGCUUUAUGGGUUAUCAGCCGGAUCUCCCGUCGGUAAAUCGGCUGUUGAUGGUGCAGAGGGACCUCAGGCUCGUGACCAGCGUGUUGCCGCGUGUUUGGAGGCAAAAGAGGAGUUGCUGUUUGAAUCCGCUGGUGGGGAGGCCUCCUCGGGAGCUUCUGUACUGCCUGUUUCCUCCACCACCCAAUCCGUGCAGCCUACAGACCCUCAGCUACACACUCCCUCUCCUGCCAUGGCUAUUAUCCCCUUCUCUACUCAGUCCCACCUGUCGUCCGCCCCUCCUACCGGCUCCUCCUGGCCAGCCAAUCCACCAGCCACAAGUUCCAUCUCCUCCUCCCCUUCCAAGUCUGUAGCACUGUCAUCGUCCAAGCCUUUUCUCAGCCUUGUUAGGUCCUUGUCCAAUGACGUUGAAUCUCAAGAAACGGGUUCAGCCAUUCCUGCCACGGUACCGCCACAAGCACGCCACAGACACUUAUACAAGUCUAUUGUCAAGUCGUUGUCCACUGACACUUCUAAGGCUGAAAAUCAAGAAGGGGGCCAUCACUAUCCUCAGCAUCCGCAAAUGCUGCCAUCCCAUAGGCCUCCGCCUCGCAACAUGCAGCUCUUCAAACAGUUCUCCCAACCCCGUCUAUCCUCCAGCCCUGUCAUUGUCACCCAAGCAGGUGGAGACUCCAAAACAGCCCCCUCCUCCCCCAUUAUGUCUCCAGAUGGUAGAUCCUUCUUUAAAGUCCAAGAGGUGGAAGCCAAGAUUGAGGACACAAGACGACGGCUGUCAGAGGUGAUGUCUGAUCCUCUGCUGCUUUUUAGUAAGAUCAUUGGGGACGAGUCUGGUGUAGGAACGAUGGGAAGUGCUGCUCAUCGGGCCAAAUCACUCUCCGCAAGUGCAUCUGAGCUGAACUCGGUGGCGGCGGUAAAUGGACACGCAGAUAGCCACAACUACAGCAUCAAGGAGGAAGGGCCUGAGGGGGAAGAAGAGGAAGAAACCCCUACAGGAAAGGGGCCCGACAGUGUUUUUUUCUCAUUCCCAUCACUGACACUAGCUCCAGCUCACACCCAGGCCUCAUCAUCUGCUCUCCACAAGUCUCCAUCUCUCACUUUGGGUCGCUGCUCAAUGUCGGCCCUGGUAGCUCGACAGGAAGAUGAGGACUUCUGCGAACUCUACAGUGAGGACUUUGAGUUGUGCACUGACACAGAGACCCCAGAGGGGGAUCAGUCACUGUCCCGGCAGCCCAAUACUGGCAGCACUGGUUUGUGUAGUGAAUUUGAGAUGGAGGAAGAGAGGGCAGAGGAGGAAGUGGAGGGUGUGCCUGUGACUGGCCUCAUCUUUCUAACGCAGUUGGUGUAUUGGUAUUUAGUUCUUCCAGUGCCUCCAUGUGUAUGUGCUGUGUUGCAUGGAUUAGUGGCCGGGUUCAUGCUGGCCUUGCUGGUCCUCUGGCUGUCUUCUCCUCGACGCUCCUCUUCAGGGACCAGAAUAGGGAGACGGAGGAUAGAGCCAUGGAAUGUCCCUCAGCUGGAUAUCAAAGAACCAGGAUUAUUUAAGGGCUGGAUGAAUGAGAUAAACAGCUACGACCCAGAGAUGUACCACGCCACCCUGACGCACUCCGUUUUCGUCCGCUUAGAGGGCUCAGUUUUGCGUCUCUCCAAGCCCAACAGGAACAUCUCCCGCCGUGCCACACACAAUGAGCCCAAACCUGACGUCACUUAUAUCAGCCAGAAGAUCUACGAUCUGACCGACAGCAAGAUCUACCUGAUGCCCCAGAGCCUUGCUAGAAAGAGAGUUUGGAACAAGAAGUACCCGAUUUGCAUUGAGCUGGCCAAGCAGGAUGACUUCAUGUCAAAGGCCCAGGGAGAAAAGUUUGAAGCUGUGGAGGACAAACUUACAGGGUUGGCUGAGAGGCUAGAACGAACAGAUAAGGCCGAGAAGGCUGAAGGCUCAGCAUCAGCAGAGGAAUCCAAGAGACCAACCUGUGGAGGAGGAGAUCUGACAAUCUACUUGUUUGGGAGGACUGGGCGGGAAAAAGAGGAAUGGUUCCGGAGGUUCCUUGUAGCCUCCAGAUUGAAGGCAGAGGGGAAAGGUGCCGGUGUGCCUGGCUUCUGCAAGAGUGCCUUCCUGCCCUCCCACAGCCGCAGCGGCAGUGUCCAGUCUGGUGGGGGCCUGGAGGCGGACAGCAGGAGCAGCAGCAGGGGGAGCCAGGAGGAGCUGUCCCAGCCUCGUCCCAGAGAGACCCCCUCCUCCCUCUCCUGUGGCUCAACCGGAGGGAUGAAGCAGAAGAUGUUAUUAGACUAUAAUGUCUACAUGGCCAAAUAUGUUAGCCCCAAGGAACCACCAAAAAGCCCGGCCACCAGCCCUGGGCAUAGCCCCGAGGGCAGCCCCAAAACUACCAAAAAGUUACACAGAUAUCCAGAAGAGAUGGUGGAGUCUGAGGCCUGGGUCAAUGCAUUUAUCGGAAGGGUUUUCUGGGACUUCCUAGGAGAGAAGUACUGGGCUGAUGUAGUCUCCAAAAAGAUCCAAAUGAAGCUUAGUAAGAUCAGGCUGCCGUACGUUAUGAAUGAGUUGACUUUGACAGAGCUGGAUAUGGGAUUUUCAAUUCCUAAGAUCCUCCGUGCCUCCCAACCUACAGUUGAUCACCAAGGCCUGUGGUUUGAUCUGGAGGUCACCUACGCUGGCUCCUUCCUAAUGACACUGGAGACCAAGCUGAACCUGGCCCGCCUGGGGAAAGAAGGUGAAGGGCUUGGGGAGCAUGGGAAAGAAUGGUCCAGGCCACGUACAUACUGUCUGGCAGAUAGUGACGAGGAGUCGUCCAGUGCUGGCUCAUCGGAUGAGGAGGAUCCCCCAGAAAUCCUCGGUGACAAACCCACUCUACCCGGAGCCGAGGGCUAUGUAGGAGGCCACAGACCCAGCAAGAUCAUGCGCUUUGUGGACAAGAUAGCCAAGUCCAAAUACUUCCAGAAGGCCACUGAGACGGAGUUUAUUAAGAAGAAGAUGGAGGAGGUGUCGAAUACACCCCUGCUGCUCACUGUGGAGGUACAGGAAUGCCGGGGGACACUGGCUGUCAACAUCCCACCUCCCCCGACAGACAGGAUAUGGUACGGCUUCAGGAGUCCUCCUCACCUGGAGCUGAAAGCGCGGCCCAAACUGGGUGAGAGGGAGGUCACUCUGGUUCACGUAACAGAGUGGAUUGAGAAGAAGCUGGAUCAGGAGUUCCAGAAAAUAUUUGUGAUGCCAAACAUGGAUGACCUGUGGCUACCCAUAAUGCACUCUGCCAUGGAUACGCGUUCAAAUGCCAACUUGAUGACUGUGACAAGUGAUGCCUUGAAGGAUCCAGAACUGGAGGAGUCUGAGGUCUCUGACGUGUGAAGACAGCUGCUCAGUGACAUUGACAUUUUAUCACCGUGGUGAUACUGGAUCUCCCAUGCCUCACAGAAACCCAAGGUGCAGCAAAGACCUAGCCACCCUUUCAAUAUUUGUAUCCAUUUUUUUCAGAUGCAGUAGACUAUUUCCAGUCAUGAAAUGAGUACCUGAAGCUGGAACAAAAGCCCCUGUGAGUUUGUUUCGUUUGUAGCCACUUAAAGCAGGAGAAUGGGAGAGAAUAGAGACUCACAGAUGAUCAUCUAAUAACAGUUUGGAUUCAACUAAAUACAUGUCGCACGGAGAGACCGUUAAACACACGGGUGGCAUGACAGAUCAACAACAGGCAUCUGAUUUUCCUACAAAAAGCACCAUACCUAUGAAGAACAUCUGCACCAAACUUGACAGUCGAACAGUGUAAACAUUUCGUGUGACGUUUCUAACAAAGUGGGAUCAUUUCUGCUGAUAUUACAAGAGCUUAGAGGGACUGUCGAUUGAUGUGCAAAGUAACAGUAAUUUGGAGAUCAUCUUGCUGAAAACUGUUGUAUCUGAUGAUACACACACCACAGGACUAACACCGACCAUAUCUCAACACCAUGGACAAACUUAUUUCAUACAGCCUGUGUGCUUCUGACUGUGGAUGUGACUAGAGCUACAACCCACUUUAGUUGGGUUGUACGAAUUCAUAUCAGUCCGUAAACACAGUAAUUCCAUUUUUGCCAAGGCCUUGUUGAAUGUACAAAAAGGAAUGCGGCCCCCUAGCUGUGCAAGAAGUGGCCCUAUCACCAAACCACAUGCUUCUGGCUUAUUUUUUUACGCCCUGUUUUCAUGUUUUAUUCCGAUUUGAGUAAAAGUAAUAAUUUUUCUAUCUUUAUUGCCAAAGCAAUAUUUCAGUCAUGUGUGAAGAGAAUAUUUUAGGAGACAGAUAAAGCAAUCGGUCAGUUGUUUUUCUUUGCUUUUUUGGGCCAUUCUAGUGAUGUUGUAAUAACACCUGGAAAUUCAGCAAAGAAACAGACUAAAUGGAGUGAUUUCCUCUCCACAAACUUCUCAAGAUUACACAUAAACCUGGAAAUUGUUGGUAAAAUAAACCCACUCCUACUGUUUCAUUUCAGUAAACACCAUACUGGAUAUUAGCCAUAUUAUUUAAUGUUGUCCAAGGCAUCUAGAUAUUUAUUCUGUUGAAGUAUUUAUUGUUUCUGCUGUUCUAUGUUGUACAUGUUAAAGCUCAAAACCUCCAAAAAAUUCCAUUGAGAAUAACUUUUGUUCACUGGUGAAAUUUCCUGUAUAUGUUUUAUGUUCAGAUAUGUGUUGGCUAGUGUAUGAGGCAGAAAGUGCCUUUAAAAUAAUCAAACAUUCCUUCAUAUUGAGCCACCACGUUUCUUCAUCAGUUGAGGGAGGAGUAAAAAAGAAGUCUUUGUGCCAUUACUGUCUGUUAAGACAUGCCCUUUGUUUUCACAUGUUGAUGUUGUUCAUUUGCACAGUGAUAAAAAUAAUAAACAUUACUGUUGUAUUCAGUGAUGUCGCAGAAUGUCUUGGUUCUGAUCAUUGUGGAUCAAUAAAAUAUUUUGCUUGGAAGGAA